UUGCUUUCUUCACCAAUCCGCAACCAAACCACAACCUACUAGCUACAUCAUCAUUCUUCAAGCACAGCACCAAACUGACUAUGCGUCGAUUCAUCCUUUCCAAGACACUGAUACUAUCCGUUCUCGCCACCUUGCCUGUGACGCUGUCAUCUAUUUGUGUACUCUGCGAAAAUGGCGUUCAGUGGCCCUUUCAUAUAGUCGAUCCUCAUGGCACCACCUGCAUUGAUCAAUCUCUUCAAAUGGCAAUCACAUUGACCGACACUUCUCCCACUUGCCAUUCGCAGAUUCAACGCUUUCAUCGCAUAUGUUGUGAUAGCCAGGAGACACCUCCCAUCAUCGCUCAAGCACCGACACCGGCCCCGACGCCCAUUCCCGUUACUGGAAAGAAUCUACCGUGCGAUAUCUGUUGGACAGGAGACUAUCCGGGAAAUACAGCCAUGGUCAUCAACAUGCUCAACAUUGGAUAUGGAUCCUGUGCGCAAUUCUACAAGGAAGGACAAGCCGGUAAUAUCCCGAAUGAGUUGUGCGAUACGCUACAAUACUUUGCCUACGAGCCAUGUGGAUGUGGAGAGUUCAAUACCAAUCUGAAUCUGAAUCGUCAACACAAUGUCUUUACCAGCAGUCCCACCGAGCCCGUGCCAACGACCAGUCCACCAACGUUGCACCCAUCUUCAGUUCCAUCCUGGCGACCUUCCGAUGCGCCCUCGAGUGCACCAAGUGCAUUGCCAUCCAUGUCACCAUCGUCGACGCCAUCCACAGCUCCCUCAUUGACUCCUUCGGAAUCGCCCUCUCUGUCACCGUCGGCACCCGAAACGGAUUGGCCGACCACGACAGCACCUUCGGAAACUCCGGCUCCCGAUAAGGAUUACCCAACCACGAUUUCUGUUUCAGACUCACCCACUACAAUAGCACCCUCGGAAACUCCCGGCCCUGAUACCGAUCCCCCCUCGGUCUCUGCAUCAGACGCACCCACGGCUUUACCUUCCGAAACUCCAGCUCCGGAUACCUAUUACCCAACUAUUUCGACAACUCCACUUCCGACAUCAUUGUCCACCAUUGCGCCCUCCGAAGCACCCUCACGCUACUCGACCCCAGCAUCCAUCGCUCCGCCCCCGACCAGUAGCCCAACGACGCCAGCACCACCGCUGAGACGAGCCACACAAGUAUCCACGCAACAGCCUACAUCACCGCUUCCGACUACUCGAGUGCACGAAACCAAAGGACACGGCAAAAUGGCAAUGAAAGCCAAACACCACGGAACGAUGAAGGGCAUGAUGGAGGCGACAUUUCUACGGACAAGACGACGGGAUGCUCGGGGGGCUCUCUACAAAUAAAAGUAUACGAGACGAGGCUGCACAAGGGAACAGCACCCUUUUCAAAACAACCUAUAUUGUGACCAACCACAAACUACUAAAUUGAUAAUAUAUUAUUGCCUUCG